UAUUUUCUGUAAAUACUUUAAACACACAGAACUGGUUUUGGAUAAUGCAAGAACCAAAUUAAAGAACGAGCGGUUACUCUCUACCCUCUUCUCCAUCAGAAACAAACAAGAUGAUGAACACACUUCAAGCAUUUCAGACAACUCUAACACCAAACUUCCAUGUUCUAUUCAAUCCCCCAAGACAUUCCCUUCCUAGAACCCAAUUCCUCUGUCUCUCGAAACCCAGAGAUGGAAACUCGGACUCAGAGUCUGAUCCCGAUCCUCCAAAACCCGAAGGAGAUACACAGAGACAAGAACUCUUAGCCAGGAUCGCCAUGCUUCAAACAUCAAAGGUCCGUUUAACUGAUUUCCUGGACGAACGAUCAGAUUAUCUCACAAAGUUUGCUGAAGAAGCCAACGCUGAGUUUGACAAGGUUGGAGAAGACGCCAUGAAAGACCUCGACGAAGCAAGCUCAAGGAUACUAGAGAACAUAGAGAGCAAGAUGCAAGCAUUCGAGGAAUCUGCAGGGUUAAACAGAUUGGAGAUAGAGGAGAACGAUAAUAAGUUGGCUGAGUUUGAGGAGCAGAUCGUGGAAGACAGGAAUGAAGGAUUGUUCUUCAAGAGCUUACGCGAUAAACAGCCUGUUGAUUUAGAGAAAGCUAAAGAGGAGACUCAGAAAAUACAAGAGGUUACCAAAGAAAGUGUAGGAUCAGAGUCAAGAAGGAACAUUUACCUCGGUUUGAUUGGGAUCGUGGCUCUAGCAAUCGCUGAUUCGUUUGUUUCUUCACCGGAUUGGAGAAAAGUAGCUGUUCUUGGAGCUAUCCUUGUCCCACUGCUCACUCAGUUUGUGAACGAGCAGACAUUGUUAUCAGAGGAAGCAGAUAAGGGUAAAGGAAACAAGAAAGAAUGAAUAGGAAUGACUCUGUAUCACAAUGUAAAGUAAUACAGAGUGAUAAUGCAUGAGCAGUUUUUUUUUUUU